UCCUCGUCGCCGCCCAGCCUGCCAGGCCUUUUGCGAACAUGGCGCUUGUCCCGUGCCAGGUGCUGCGGGUGGCGAUCCUGCUGUCCUACUGUUCUAUCCUGUGCAACUACAAGGCCAUCGAAAUGCCCUCGCAUCAGACCUACGGCGGGAGCUGGAAAUUCCUGACGUUCAUUGAUCUGGUCAUCCAGGCUGUGUUUUUUGGUAUUUGCGUGCUGACUGAUCUUUCCAGUCUUCUGACUAGAGGAAGUGGGAACCAAGAACAAGAAAGGCAGCUCAAGAAGCUUAUCUCGCUCCGGGACUGGAUGUUAGCCGUACUGGCCUUUCCUGUCGGGGUUUUCGUUGUAGCGGUGUUCUGGAUCAUUUAUGCCUAUGACAGAGAGAUGAUUUACCCGAAGUUGCUUGAUAAUUUUAUCCCAGGGUGGCUGAAUCACGGAAUGCACACAACAGUUUUGCCCUUUAUAUUAAUUGAGAUGAGGACAUCACACCAUGCGUAUCCCAGCAGGAACAGCGGACUCGCCGCCAUAUGUACCUUCUCUGUUGGCUAUAUAUUAUGGGUGUGCUGGGUGCAUCACGUAACUGGGAUGUGGGUGUAUCCUUUCCUGGAACACAUUGGCCCAGGAGCCAGAAUCAUCUUCUUUGGGUCUACAACCAUCUUAAUGAACUUUUUGUACCUGCUGGGAGAAGUUCUGAACAGCUAUAUCUGGGAUACACAGAGAACUGCCCAUCCAGCUCAUGGCCCACCCAGGCCCACCCAGGCCUGCAGUGUCCCAGCACUGCCCUCUGGUUGAGCUCUUCUCCCAGCCUAGGGGAAUCACAUGUGACUAACUCUCUCAGGGUCAAUCAGCUCUUCCUCCAGGUUCCCAAAAGCACGUCCUGCCUUAGCUUUGUGACAGGUUUCUUUCUGCUAUUUGUGUGGAAAUUAUACCUCUGGUUCUUCCAAAUAUUAUUUACAGCUGUCUAAUUUUUUCCCUCUACCUCAAAGCUGCCAAACUAAAGUAGGUGGGGAGCCAUUUUUCCUGUCUGGGUCAAUGAACACCCCCUGUUCUCCACCCCCGCUUUUGAAGAUUCCACUGUCGCUGCCAAGUCAACCCAUCUGCAGGAGAACACUUAGGAGGAAACAGACUUUAAGGAAAAGCAAGCAGUUAUUAGUUCCUGAGAGCUUCUCCACAGGAGAGGGAACAUGGGACAAAGUUGGGACCCAAGUCAUGUGUGCUGCUUGAAAGGAAUCCCUGUUGUGUUUUUCUGCCUUUGCCUUGGUUACCAACAACUAAGGCAUCUCCUGGCCUUCUCCCCCUUAACCCUAUUCCUCCUCCCUUCAGAUGUCCUUAGUCCUCAAUCUGAAGUUUUCCUUAAUAUGAUUUCUGAGAAGCACUUUGGAAGAAGUGUUACAGAUCUGUGCCAGUUCCUUAGUCAUGAAAACCAAACCUGAAAGACUGUCUAAGGACACCUGUUCAGAGCAUGUUACCCACAUUCCCACCACACCGCCCUGGCCCCACAAAACAAAUACCAGGAGCUGGGUGCUGAGGGGAAGGGGAAUCCUCCCUAGUAUGAGCCCUGUGAGAGUAACCCUCUGGGAUGAGGCUUUACAUUUUUUUAUAUUGUGAAGUUCCUUAUUUUAUUCUGCUUUCCCACUAGCAUAGCCUUCUGAGGCUUCCUCGUAUUCAUUGUUUAUAAACUGAUUCCAUAAUGAUUAAAUGAGCUCCUACUGUCAGUCAGGCACUGUGUUAGGUGCUAGGGAUGUUAUCAGAAACAAAACAGUUAAGGGCUCUGCCUUCAGAGAGCUUACGACUUGUAAAAGAAUACCAAUAAAAGCUGCAAAGCAAUAUGUGGGGUUCUUUUGUUUCGAGCAAAAAGUUUGAGAAUUUGGUUUCAGAUGAAUAAUAUUUAGCAAGAAG